AUGAACACCGAGGUCAGCCCAAGUCAGCCGCCCUCGGUCACUCUGUUCCCGCCCUCCUCUGAGAGCUCAGCGCCAACAAGGGCCACACUGGUGUGUCUCAUCAGUGACUUCUACCCCGGCGGCGUGACCGUGGCCUGGAAGGCAGACGGCACGCCAGUCACCCAGGGCGUGGAGACCACCAAGCCCUCGAAACAGAGCAACAACAAGUACGCGGCCAGCAGCUACCUGAGCCUGACGGCCGACAAGUGGAAAUCUAGCAGCAGAUACAGCUGCCAGGUCACGCACGAUGGGAAAACCGUGGAGAAGACACUGACCCCCUCGGAGUGUUAGGUCUCUGAGAGCCCUACCUCGGGGACAUUCCUCACCCAGUCUCCCUUUCACCAGCUCUCCACUGUACCCCUGAGACCCUGCCCUGGAUCAACUCACACCAGGCAGGUCUCAC